GCGCAACGUCGAAUCGGACUGUCAUGUUGACAUAAUAACAUCAACAUUGUUUUGAUAAGAAUUAUCACGAAAUUAUUACAUAAAAAAAGUUAUUCAAACAUCUGACAUGGCUGAAAACCGUGCAAUUCUCUACGCUUACUGGUUGUCAUCAUGCUCAUGGAGGGUACGGGCAGCUCUGCAUUUCAAAGGCAUUCCCUUCGAGGAGCGACCAAUUGAUAUUGUCAAGACGAACCAGCAGAAGACUGAACAGUUCCGAGCCAUCAAUCCUGCGCAGAAAGUACCUGCUCUCGUAAUAGACAAUGUCACAUUGGUGGAGUCGAUGGCUAUCGUGCAGUACCUGGAGGACACUCAUCCUGAACCAACCCUGACUCCGAAGACUCCUGUGCUGAGGGCUAGAAUGAGGGAACUCUGUGAGGUGGUAGUCUCUGGCAUCCAGCCUCUACAGAAUAUCGGUCUGCGAUCCCAAUUCGACACAACAGAACAAUACACGAAAUUCACAAAAUACUGGACUGACCGUGGCUUGAUGACUUUGGAGGAUCUGCUGCAGAAAUCUGCGGGAAAAUAUUGCGUCGGAGACCAGCUCACGUUGGCUGAUUUAUGUCUGGUGCCUCAACUGUACAAUGCUGUCACCAGACACGCGCUGGACAUCAGUAAAUACCCAACAGUUUCGAAGCUAUACGAAAGUUUAUUAAAAGAGAAUGUUUUUAAAGAAACUCACCCUGAAAGUGUGAAAUCGAAAAUGUAAAAUACUUAUUGUAACAAAUGUAGAAGCGCGCCGCGGCCAUAUUAAUAAUUCAGACGCGAAAAUCGUAUUGUACUUUCGCUAUUUUCGGAUUUUAAAAAUAACAUUUUAAUUAAAAUGGUAUCAGACUUUUCUUUACUUUUUACCGUGUUUUGUUGUAUAACCAAUAUACGAAACAAUAAACCAAUUCAUUUACA